UAUAUCUUUCUCUCUUGUCUCCGCUGUCUGUUCAAAUCUAACGCCGCCGUGAUAACCUUGCUCGACCUCUCCUGCUUUCCUUGAAAUCAACCACAAUGGGAGACUACGGCCCAAGUGGCGCUCUACCCCGCGCUCAACCCCCCAGCAAUCCGCCGCUCCCAUCCACCAGCUCCGAUGAGAUCUCCGUGCUCGUCACUGGCUUCGGGCCAUUUAAGACCAAUUUCAUCAAUGCCUCUUGGCUCGUCGCUUCCUCCCUGCCGACCUCCUUCGACCUCCCCACCGCGGGAGGAGUAGGAGGAGCAGGAGAGACCACCUCUACUCCACGCAAAGUCUCCAUCACCGUCCACCCGGCACCGAUCCCGGUCGCCUACUCGGCCGUUCGCACCGCCAUCCCCGCCCUCCUAGCCGAGUACGCCGACUCUCACGGUGGCCGCCAGCCCGACAUCGUCGUGCACAUGGGCAUCGCGGCCACCCGGGGCUACUAUUCGAUCGAGACGCGCGCCCACCGCGAUUCGUACCACAUGUCGGACAACCGGGGCCAGUGUGGCUACGACGACGGCGAGCGGAGGUGGCGCGAGAUGCAGGUGCCCGCCAUGCUGCAGGCGGGUGUCGUCGACGACGAGGACGACAACGGCGAUGGUCACCGUCGGGUGGGUAAAGGGUGCUGCCCCCGUCCGCCGGACGAUGAGUUUCUGGCGCUGUGGAAGGGGUUCGCCGGGGAGGAUGCCGACGUGCGGGUGUCGACGGAUGCGGGACGCUACCUGUGUGAGUUUAUCUUCUUUACGAGUCUGGCACUUGCGUGGCGGGAACGACGAUCGCGGAAUGUGGUCUUCUUGCAUGUUCCGUCGAGCUGUACGGAGGAGGAUGUGCGGGUGGGGAGGGAGGUGGCGGUCGCGAUGAUCAAGGCGGUGGUUCUGUCGUGGAUUGAUUCUCGAUGAGUCUUUUUUUUUCUUUUUCUUUUCUGUCAUGAUGAUGAGCCUUGCUUUCUUUUAUGGUUUUGGAUUGGCGUUUCAUUGGUGGUUGGGGCUUGCAUACUACUUGGAUCUAUAUAAUAGCAUCACCAAUGGCUAUAUACGGAGUCGGAGAUUGUUCUCCCUCAAUUGGAUUAUCUGGGCUGUCUCUGUCAGUAUAUCAUUAAUAUGUCUGUCUGACCUAUUCAAUCUGCAUGACCCGAUCCUAUUGCAUUGAGUC